UGCGCGCUACUGAGGCGCGCCACACCACUCCAAUACUCAAGUGCUUUUGCAAUGUCACGUGACCAGCAGUGACGCGAAACAUGGCGGAGGCUGGGGAUAGUGUCGGUCGGUCUGAAGACGAAAAUGUGCCAACUUACGAGAAUGUUGACGUGAACAGCAAAAUAUUUCGUGUGGGCACCUUCGGGCGCCUGUGGACCGAGAAGCUGCGGCCGUCCGACUUCUCUUUCCAGGACGGCGACGAGGAAGCGGAGGAUGCCGCCUUUUCGCUGGACAUGGGAAUCACCCCGCAGACAUUGAGGGAGAUCAAGGAGAUCUGCAGCCCCGAUACAUUAAAAUCUGGUACUGAGACCGUGCAAACCGAAAUUGUGCCGGCCGAGCCGAUCCUGCGGACCUUACGACUGCGGAAAAGGAGACAGGAUUACCAAGAAACCCUUCAGAGAGAUUUUAGUGACCGACAAAACAUUCAUGCUAGUGAAUUGGAGGGCUUAGCAGCCGGGAAGAAACCCAUGGAUCCUAAAUACCUGGUCCCAGAGGGCGAGAUCAUCCUCAGUGUCAACGUUCUGUACCCUGCAAUAUUCCAGAGGUUCCGUUUCACGAGGCAGCACCAGACUCUGCGAGUCCUGGGUUCGCAGAAGCUGACGCAGCUGCGAGACGCCAUCUGCUGUGUCAGCGACCUGCAAGUGAACGGGGAGUUCGGCAACACGCCCGACAUGGUGCCCGAGUUUAUCAGCAAGGAUCUCUACAAGUCGGCUUUCUUUUUCUUCGAAGGGGUGUUUUACAAUGACUUCCGGUACCCAGAGUGCAUUGACUUAAGCAAGACCAUUGUGGACUGGACAAAGACUCAUGACUUCCCACCCUUCCAGUCCAGGAAGAUGGAAGAGACGUUGUUCAGUGACCUUAGGCUGAAGGUUGGCUACCCAUACCAGUACUGCCACCAGGGGGACUGUGAACACGUUGUGCUUAUUACAGACAUACGGAUAGCCCACCAGGAUGACUGCCUGGACAUGAAUCUGUAUCCCCUCCUUGCCUACAAGCACAGGGUUAAGACCCGGAAAUGCUCAGUCUGUCAUAUGUAUAUCAGCAGAUGGAUAACCACCAAUGACAGCCUGGCCCCUAUGGACCCCUGUCUCUUCUGCGAGCAGUGUUUCCGCAUGCUACACUACGACAAGCAGGGCAACAAGCUCUGUGACUUCCUGGCUUACCCCUACGUGGACCCAGGGGCCUUCAACUGACCCCUGUCCUUGGAGAACAGGGACACCAUUUACUGCCAUGCAGUAUGUUCUUACAAGAAGAGACAUUGAUGUACAAUGCAAAUAGGUGUAAUUUUGGUUAAAACUUCAAAUCAAUAAAAUUGUGUUGUUUGGGAUUACUCUA